AUGGCGAUCCUCUUUCUCCUCCUCCUCCUCUUCUCCUCCUCCUGCUUCUGCCACGCCCAGCAGCUCUACACAAACAACAAGCAGAACUCCUGCUCCGACAACAGCAGCUCCACCCUCGGCUACGUCUGCAACGGCCCCCAAUCCUGCUCCUCCUUCCUCACCUUCCGCUCCGCAGCGUUCUACAACUCUUCAGUAUCCAUAGCGUACAUCCUCGCCACCGACGCCUCCAACAUCUCCCGCAUCAACGGCGUCGACGAUGUCGUCUCCACCUUCCCCGACGACCAGAUCGUCCUCGUCCCUUUGUCCUGCUCCUGUUCUGGCGGCUUCUACCAGCACAACGCCUCCUUCAACGUGAGGGCCAAUGAUUACUACUUUAAAAUUGUCAACGACACCUACCAAGGGCUCACCACCUGCCAGGCCGUCGCCGCUCAGAACUCCUACAACCCUAGAAACCUCAGCGUCUACCUCCGGUUGAACGUCCCCGUCCGUUGUGCCUGCCCCACCGCCGCCCAAGCCAGCCGCGGCAUCAGGUACUUGCUCAACUACCUCGUUACCUGGGGCGAUGACAUCCCCACCAUCGCCACCCGAUUCCGAGCCGACGAGCAGGCGGUGCGGGACGGCAACAACCUCUCCGCCGACGCCGUCAUCUUUCCCUUCACCACUCUGCUGGUCCCCCUCACGAGCGAACCUACACGAGACUUGAUCGUGACUCCGUCGCAGCCCGUGGGCCCGACGCCCGAAUCCGGAAGCUCCUCCACCAACAAAGGGGUUUUCAUCGGGGUCGGAAGCGGAGUCCGAUGCAAUGUUGUCAUCCAUGUUAUCGAUCAAUCUUAA